ACCAUCAGUGUCAAAGGUUUUUUCUGUUUUCCUUUUAAAAUCUGCAGGUUGAUUCUGAAAGUGAAUGAGUUGAUGCUUGUAGUUUCAAUAAAAUCUGUGCGGUGUCGUGAAAUAUUUGACAAAUGAACACAGGAAGUUAUCUAACAAUUAGUUUUUCAAAUACCAGAGAGAACCCACAUUGUAACCAAUAAACAAGACUGAUUUUUGUUUUUAUGUUCUCAGCAACAAAAGCAGGAAUGGAGCAGUACGUUCUGAACGAAGCAGGACUGAGCUGGACUUCUGCUCAGGCCUUCUGCAGAACCUCCUACACAGACCUGACCAGUGUGAGGAAUGAGGUGGAGGCCGCCAUGAUCCACAGCUUACUGGGUGGAAUGGAGGUGUGGGUCGGUCUCUUCAGAGACCCCUGGGUCUGGUCGGACCAGGCGGACUCCUCUCUGAGGUUCUGGCCGGCGGAUCAGCAGGUGUGGAGCGAGGAUGUUCAGGACUGCGGGGCUCUGCUGAAGACUGAAUCUGGUCGCUGGGGGGGCCGGAACUGCUCGGAGCAACACCCCUUCUUCUGCUCGUGCAAAAACACAGAUACCAAACGGACGUAUAUCAAAGUGAAAAUCAACUUAAAAGAUUCAGCUCUGGAUCUAAAUAAUUCUGUCGUGCAAAAUAACAUCUUGAAGCAGAUGAAGCUAAAGCAGAAAGAGGAUGGGAUCACUGUUAUGCAGACACAAUGGAGAAAACAACCAAAUGGAAAAAUCUUUGUCAAAGAAGCUCCUGAUGAUGACUGAGGCUCUGCUGGAUUUCAUUUUAUAGAAUAAAUAACCUAAUUACAGAAAAAAAAAAUCCAGUUGUUAUCAUACCUUUAAAGCUCAGUUAAAAACUUACCUUUUUAAAUCUGCAUUUGUUUAAAUUUGCUCUGUCUAUUUUUAUUUUAUUUUAUGUUUGUUUGUGUCUGUUGAAGCACUUUGUGAUCCCCAUCUUAAAAUUUGCUAUAUAAAUGAAGUUUUUACUUACUUACUUACAAAACAUAAAUCUUAAUAGAUCUGUUUAAGAUGCUUUAUUAGUUUAAGUUUUUCUGUCUGCUUGCCACGCCCACCUCACCUGUUCCUCAUCACCAGGUAGUCCCAGCUGCAGACCUAUCCCCGCUUUCAACACAUCCUCAGUCCAUUAUUAUUGACUCUCACACAACUUAUACGGUCUUCCUGUUAUUCCUCAUGAUUCCUUUUUUAUCUCCUGAGUUUUUAAAUCAAUAUCAAUCUCUUUUCAGAAGCAUCAGGUCUAACACUUAAUCAUAAUAAA